GAGAUGGGAGGAGAGGAGCCCCUUUCCCCCCUCUAUCCCACCCAUUCCGCCUCCACCUCCUUCCCACUCCCCACCUCCCCCCACCCGUGUCCCACCAGCCAUCCCACCUUCUCCAAUUGCCAUGCCUCCUAUUCCCUCCCCCUGUACCCCGCUUCCCACCCAUUCUCACCCUUUGCCUUCUCCUCCCACCCCCCACCCCCCACUCCCUCACCUCCCCACUCCUCCCCGCUUUACCCCACCAGUGACCUCACCCUCUCCAACUGCCAUGCCUCUCUUCCCCCCUAUUCCUCCGCUUCCACCCUCCCCUUCACCACCCCCUCCCCUCCCCUUUCCCUCCCACCCCUUUCCACCCUUUAUCCUCCCCUCCCCUUCUUUUCCCCCCUCCUCCACUCCCCACCACUUCCCUCCCCCUCCCCCCCGUACCCCACCAGUGAUAUCACCCUCUCCAACUGCCAUACCUCCUGUUCCCUACCGCGUUUCCCCUUAUCCCACCCCUUUCCACCCUUUGUCCUCCCCUCUCCUUUUACCUCCCCUUCUUUUCCCCCCUCCUCCACUCCCCACCACUUCCCUCCCCCUCCCCCCCGUACCCCACCAGUGAUAUCACCCUCUCCAACUGCCAUACCUCCUGUUCCCUACCGCGUUUCCCCUUAUCCCACCCCUUUCCACCCUUUGUCCUCCCCUCUCCUUUUACCUCCCCUUCUUUUCCCCCCUCCUCCACUCCCCACCACUUCCCUCCCCCUCCCCCCCGUACCCCACCAGUGA